UAUUUUCAAAAUAUAUAUAGUUAGUUAAAGAGAACUAGGUAUCUAUAAGGUCAUCCAUAUAAGGUUUGGGGUUAUUAGGAUUAUUAGGAGAAAUAGAAUUAGAAAAAUGGGGUUAUUAGGGUUACUAUAUGGUGUUGUGGUAUUGGGAAUAAUGAUGAUCUAUGUGUAUGGUUCAGUUAUUCCAGAAGCUACAUGGAAAGAAAUAAUGAAUGUGAAUAAGGAAGGGACAUAUAUUGGAAUAGUGGUGCCAAAUGCCUUUGAGCUCAAACCUCUUCUUCAAUCACCUAGCUUUGUGCCUCAUCACAAGUUUCCUAACCUUGAUUUUGCCGCAGAGGUUUGGAGAUGGUCCUAAUGAUGAACUUGCUUUGGAAGUCAAUGGUGAUUACAGUAGAAAAUAUGGUUAUCUUAAAUUUUCCAAUUACAAUAACUACACAAAAGAUUCCAAUUAUUCUAAGCCAGUGAGGAAUCUCCUAAACAAUGUAUGGUAUCAAGCAGAGGAAAUUUUCCCAGUGAAUGGUGUUCCUGAAGUUAGGCAGCAUGCUUUCUGGGUUCCAGUUCACAAGAAAUACUAUCAAAUCGCAAAGCAGCUUAAGAAUGUUAAAUUGAGUGGCUGUGUGAACACAACAACAUGCUUGCCAAGAAAUCCAAGUGUGGUGAGAGUGAAGAAAGGGAUUACUGCCAAUGUGUUUGUUGACAACCAAGCUUAUAGAGAAUUCUUGAACUCCAAAUUUGGUGCCACCCCAGUGGACAUGGAAACCGCCGCAGUUGCUUUAGUUUGUUUUCAGCAGAGAAUACCUUUCAUUGCCAUUAGAGCACUAUCCGAUUUAGCUGGUGGCGGUUCUGCAUUGUCCAAUGAAGCAGCUUUGUUCACCUCUUUAGCUUCCCAAAAUGCAUUUGAUGUUCUUCUCUCAUUCAUCUCCCUAUUGAAAAUUAAUUCUUAGCUUUGCCUUCCUUUGUUUUUUUUAAUUGUUGAAUUAGCUUUUCAAUUAAUCAAAAAGUGUAACCCCUAGUUAUUCUCAACGGUUAUGGGAAUUUUACUAUAUUAUUGUUUAACUUUCUCUUAAUAAUCUAAAAUCAAAUCACUCUUGUUUAA